CACAACCCCACUUGCACCCCAAAGCCUGGAGCGAAGCCCGCUGUGCGGUUGACCCGAGGAAUCUGAAGGCUGCUGCUGUGUGCUCUUCUGACCCAGAACGUUUCCAGAAUGGAGGGACCUGGGUCUGAGUCCUGGUUUGUCACCCACUUACUGAGUGACCUGGGCUGGGCACGUCCCCUCUUGGAAUCUGCUCUUCGUUUCUGCAGGGAAGUCACUGACUAAUGAUUUACAAGGAUGUUUCCUGCUCUGAAACUGUGUCUUGGAUUCUAGAUUUCCACGGGACAUGUGAGAAGUCUGCCCAGGACACAAGAGUCUGAAGGGCGAAGAGCUCUGGACCCGGCGCUCUGCUCAGCCUCCUUCAUCUACACUCGAGACAGGAGUGACCCCCCCCCGUCUCCCCUGAGGGCCUGGCUUUGCACCUGCUCCCCGCUCCCCCACACUCCUGCACCCAAGAGGAUUUCUCUUCUGAAGCCCGUCUGGGCAGGGCACCAGGGCUCAGGAGGAGCGAGGAGUCAGGAUGCUUAUCCCGGACCCAGAGGCAGCCAUGGGGGCCUGUGCUGUUGUGACCGACGCCAACAUCUCGUCCAGCCUUGAGAGCAACACCACGGGCAUCACGGCCUUCUCCAUGCCCGGUUGGCAGCUGACUCUGUGGGCCACCGCCUACCUGGCCCUGGUGUUGGUGGCCGUGACGGGCAAUGCCACGGUCAUCUGGAUCAUCCUGGCCCACCAAAGAAUGCGCUCGGUCACCAAUUACUUCAUUGUCAACCUGGCCCUGGCUGACCUCUGCAUGGCCGCCUUCAAUGCCACCUUCAAUUUCAUCUACGCCAGCCACAACAUCUGGUACUUUGGCCGUGCCUUCUGCCACUUCCAGAACCUCUUCCCCAUCACGGCCAUGUUCGUCAGCAUCUACUCCAUGACCGCCAUCGCCGCGGACAGGUACGUGGCCAUCGUCCACCCCUUCCAGCCACGGCUCUCGGCCCCCGGCACCAAAGCGGUGAUUGCUGGCAUCUGGCUGCUGGCCCUGGCCCUCGCCUUCCCCCAGUGCUUCUACUCCACCGUCACCGUGGACGAGGGCGCCACCAAGUGCGUGGUGGUCUGGCCCGAAGACAACGGCAGCAAGAUGCUCCUUUUGUACCACCUCGUGGUGAUCGCCCUCAUCUACGUGCUGCCUCUCGUGGUCAUGCUCCUUGCCUACAGUGUCAUCGGCCUAACGCUCUGGAGACGCGAGGUUCCCAGGCACCAGAUGCACGGCGCCAGCCUGCGCCACCUGCGGGCCAAGAGGAAGUUCGUGAAGACCAUGGUGCUGGUGGUGGUGACGUUUGCCGUCUGCUGGCUGCCCUACCACUCCUACUUCAUCCUGGGCAGCUUCCAGGAGGACAUCUACUACCACAAGUUCAUCCAGCAGGUGUACCUGGCGCUCUUCUGGCUGGCCAUGAGCUCCACCAUGUACAACCCCAUCAUCUACUGCUGCCUCAACCACAGGUUUCGCUCUGGAUUCCGGCUUGCUUUCCGUUGCUGUCCGUGGGUCACGCCGACAGAAGAGGAUAAGAUUGAGCUGACCUACACUCCAUCCCUUUCUGUGAGGGUCAACAGGUGUCACACUAAAGAGACUUUUUUCAUGGCUGGGGAUACGGCCCCCUCUCACGCUACCAAUGGGCAGGCCAGGGGUGCCCAGGAUGGGGUACCUACUGAACCCUGAAGCCUUGUGCCUGGCAUCCUUGGAGAAGUAGCCAGUUGAGGGGUCCAGAUCUGAAAGUUUGACCCGUGCCACAGCCUUUGGCACAUCCAUGGAAAAACAGCAUGGGGCCAGGAGCUCUGCAGGUGCAGGAUGCUAACUCUAAGAGGGCCCAGCCACCCCUCUGACAGGGCUUCACAGCAGCCAGUGAGUCCAAGAAGACAGUGUGCGCUAACACGUAUCCAGUCCAGGAGCCGCAAGCUCAGACGCCUUCCCGGGACAUACAGCUUCAUGACUGACUCCCAGCGCUGGGGUCACAGGGAGCAGUGGGAACUGCAGGGUGCACGCAUCCAAAGCGGACAGCAGCUGACCAGCUCUGUACAAAUGUUGUCAUGAGGUAAUGGGCACCCACCAUUGCCAGACCUUCCAGAUCUUUCAAGACACACCAGAAAUCCAAAUUUGUGAGAUUUCCAGACUUGUUAUUUUGGCUCCCAUUUUUAUAAAUAUUGGUUAAACCAAAGAGAACACACCAGUGGACAGCACCCAGCCAUGGUACGGAUUUAUUACCAGGCUAAAGACACAGGGAGGGAGCUGCUUAUUUUGCAAAGCCCUGCACCUGUGAGUCGACCUGGUGCUUCUCUGCUUUGGCAUCUGAGCUCAGACCCAGCUCAAGGUAGAUGGUGGCGGGUAAGAGUCAACAGGAGCCUCAGCUGUGUUGCCUCGGACAAGUCACUCUGACCCUCCGCCUCUUCUUCUCCCAGUGACAAAACUGCCUCACAGGGAUGCUGCGAGGAAGACUGAAGUGAGGCCUAGGAAUGAGCAUGAAGUGCUGAAUAACCAGCGGGCGUGAUCUGUAGCCCCACCAAGCCGGCCGUGUUACACGGGUGUCUCAGGGGCAGGCAGCGGCGGUCACCCUCACUCCAGCAGCGAGAAGGUGGCGGGCAGGGAACGCCAACCAUCUCGACUCCCAGAGAGCUCCAAGCCUGGCCUGGUCCACCCCAAGGAUGCACCUCUCCCUGCUCGCCACCUCCCCCUGCACGCCCCAUCACCCCUCCAGAAGGACCACGUGGCACAGUAACUGCACAGCGGGAGAGUUUAAUGCUAUGUGUGUUCCCCACGGAGAUGCUGGUGCCCAGUCAAGGGAUUCCAGCCUUAAACUGCAUAGGCUGAUGGGGGAGCCACGGGCGGGCCGUGGCGGGAACAGCAGGCUCAGGGUUGAGGUGGGGCAGGGAUGAAAGGGUCAGGUGAGGAGCGGUUUCCUACGGAAUGGGAGAGGACGACCUGCUCCAUCCAUGUUAGAGCAGGGGUCUACGCCCUCUGUUCCCUUGGAUUUGGCGGACGGUGAUGAAGGGUCUACUUGGGGACAGUGGUGGGGACAGCCAAUGUGGCGCUGUCUUCUCAUUAAACCCAAACAGCCCCUGGGAGCCCAGAGGCCUUCCACCGCUUUACCUUCUUAGAGGUGCUGGUGGGGGGCACCCCGCGGCUCCAGCAGGGAACCGGCCGGCCGGGAGCUGGAAAACAAGGUCAGAGGCUAGUUCGGUGACACUCUGCAGAGAACAGAGAAGUUAUGGUACUAAACAAAGGCUGGGGCUUCAUUUCAAACUCUCCCCCCAACCCAGACUCCCCAGGGCUUGGUGUUCAUGGCAUCCCCGCAUGGCCUCCCCCCCUCCAGCCAGCAGGCAUCACUCGGGGGCUUUGAAUUGGUACAAAGUUUACUAGGUCAUACAACAUGGCUCACAAAAGCAAUGGGGAAUUCCACUGAGGGUACUGUUUGUUGGUUUUGUUCCUUUUACCCAAAUGGAGACAAGACACUUUCCCGCAGAACUGCCCACCUCCCCCCACCCCCAAGACAGACAGAAAGCAAGACUGUCACAACGUGGCUCAGACCAGUUCCACGGACACACGAUUCAGUGGCAUGGACACAUCUCGGUGGGAACCUCGGGACGCCAGACAGCAGUGGGGGCUGGGAUGGGAGGAAGCCGCUAAGAUGCCCCUGGGAGGAGGAGUCCCGGCAGUGUCUGCUGGUGAUAAUACAUUUCACACGGGGGCUGUGUCCCCAAGGACGGGCUGCAGAGGCCCAUAAGGCCUGUCAGAUGGCGUGACUUUUCAUCUUGGGCCAAUAAAUAAUUUGUCAGACGAA